AUGCUCGAACGUGCAACAGGAUCUCUCGAGAACGCGGGACGACGUUUUCUUCGAGAUUCCAAUGGCAUGAUCAAAAGCCCACGAUGUCUGUCUGGUAAUUUCUGGAAGCACAAUGGGGCUAGAGCAGAUGCUCCUCAGUGGUUUAUCGCGCUUUUGCAGGCGUCAGGUCAACGAUCGUCCCCCGUUCUUAGCACUCAACACGAAAGCAGAGAGUCAAGCGAUGAGAUAGGGCCAUUGUUCGAAUUCUUAUACCCUCGGCAAGCUCGAGCUCUGAGAGCUUCGCGUCUGUCUCGCCCCCAAAACAAGACUGGAUUCCAGAGGAGAUCACACUUGAGCUUUUCAAGGUCUUAUGUUUCCAUUUCAAGUCUUCGCCAAUCAGCAUCAGCAGCUUCAUCCAACCACGAAAGUGCAUCCAAGCUAGCCCAGAAGCCUCUAGAUCCGGAAUCUUCCGAUAAGGACGGGGAAGCGAGCGCAUCCCUCCAGGCUUUCCUUCAGAAGGAUGGCAGCGAAUUUGAUAAAGCUUGGGUGCUGUACGUCGCAGCUGGAUACCCGUCGAAAUUUCAGCCUGCACUGUGUGCUUAUAUGAGUAAAUCGUCCGAAAAAAAGGAACGAAUACGAGCAUGGGCACUCUUCAACGAAAUUGCGCCUGAAGAUCGCACCGAAAUAGACUUCAUGAACAUUAUAAGAUCACAGCUUCUUUCGUUGCCCGCUGAAAAGCCUCUUUUUUUGCACAAAAUAUGCAAGCAAGCCAUUGCCAUGCCAUUUGCCCAAAAUAUCAUCUCGCUAGGCUUGAUGCACAUGAUGGAAAACAGACAGUGGGCCAAAAUUGGCUUACUCUGGAGGGCCCUAUUGAGGAUCCCUGAAAACGAGCGACCGCCAUUGGACUCUUUACUGGAUCGAAUUGAUGAAUUUCACUUUCCUGGGAAUUCCCUUUCCAGACAUCUCCUUGCUUUUAAGAUGGCCUUGUCGCACGAUCCCAAAGAAACCAAUGCUGCAAACAUGAAUGCAAAGAUGGACUUUGCUCGCCAUCUGGUUGGGCGUUUUCUUGAGUCUGAUCACUUAGUCAAACUCACACCGAUCUCAACUAUGCUUCCACUGUUGCGCACAUACCAUUCUUUGGGUCUUUUGAAAGAUCAACACUAUCUCAGUGUGGUGAGGGCCUUUCUAUCUUCAAAGCAACGGUCGGAAUUCGUCAAGUGUAUUCUUGUUUAUCGCCAAUUGCGUUUGGAUUUUCCGGAUGCAAAGGUAGACGCGAAGAUGAUUCGUGCUAUCGCUCAACGCUUGUCGGAAUUCGGGAUGACCGACAGCAUGCCAUACUUCUUGGAUGAAGAGGCGAGCUUUGAUGAAGAUAAAAGACCAUGCAUCACCUCAUACAAUGACGCAAUGGGUGCUUUUUCCAGGAUUGGGGAUGUACAAACUGUCCAACGCCUGUUUGAUAGGUUCCUUGCAGACCAUGGCCACCCGAAGAGCGCAAGAUCGGUGACUCCCCUCCUUGCCGUCCACGCCCGGCUAGGUGAUGUGAACGAAACACGGCGGCAAUUCAAUCGAAUUCCUACGGAGUUUGGUAUCCCGCUGAACACAAUUUGCUGGAAUAUACUGCUCCUGGCGUACGCUACAGCCAGGGAUUUAUCAGGUGCCAUGUCAACCUUCUCCGAAAUGCGAGAAACCCGUGUGCCUCCCGACUCGUUCACAUUUGGCACACUGAUGGGGAUUUUUGCCAAGCGAGGCGACGUCGAAGCUAUUCGUCAAUUGCUCAAAGAAGCGCAGACCAGUGGAGUACAAAUCACGAGGCCAAUGCUUGAUGCGGCUGUUGAGGCGUAUUGCAAGAAUGGGCAAUUGGGUUAUGCAGAAGAGCUUGUCGAAAGCAGCUGGAACUUAGCGGUGGGAGGGUCUCCCUUACGAAUGUGGAAUUUUCUUCUAAUGCGGUAUGCAUUCAGGGUAUCCAAAUAUUCCUUCCGACGCGUCCUUGACCGCAUGGGACAGCUAGGAUUCAAACCAGACGGCAUGACUUAUGCGGCUGUUAUGCUUGCUUAUGUGUAUGCCAUGCAAGUUGAUCGUGCGCGAACUACUCUCAAAAAGAUGCACAAUGCUGGUUUUGAACCCACCGAAUACCACUAUUCCAUUCUCUUGCUUGGAUAUGUGAAGCAUCGGAACCGCGAUAUGGUGCACAUCAUCUCUCGCGAGAUGCAAGCACGCUUCGGUCGAGUCGGAAUGGAGGGGAGCCUGUUAAAUCUGAGAAUGCAGAUUCUAAGAGACGUGGAGAACGCAAAAGAUCUUCAAACUCCCGUUGAAGAUAUCGUCUUGGAGAACGCAGAAAAGACACUUUCUGAAUCAAUCGCAAAUUUCACAGCCAAUCCAUCGCCAGUCAACACUCGAUUGUCCAACACUCUAUUAUCUACUCCUUCAAAAGGAUUUGCUGUUGAGUCUUUCACUGCCACGCACUAUCAACGGCUGGUCGAGGCAUACGGCUUCCAAGGUGCCGCCGAAAAGGCACUCCAAACUUUCGCUCAUUACAUGCAAGUCAGACGAACUGCGGGAUCAUCGGACGGCGAUGAAUUAGACUCCUUACCGAUCGACUUCAUCAAAGCCAUCAUGAAUGCCUAUCUAGAAACCCACAAGUACGAGAAAGUGGAAGAGUGCUGGAACAGCAUUAUGGCAGGCAUAAGCAAGUACACCGGUACCUCUGACCUUGAAACUUUCUUUUCUGAACGAUCGCCGAUGUCCACCGUGCCUGCGCCAGCCGAGUCCCCUCUCCCAUCGAUGCUUUCAAUAUCCACCACUCAAGCAGAGAAGCCGAAAAUAAUUCAUGCCCAACGCUUCAUCUUGGACUAUCCACUUUCGCUUUACAUGCAGUCUUUGGCUCGCCGAGGAAUGUUCGAGAAAAUACAUCAAGUUGUGGCCGAAGUUCAGGCAGCAGGCUUUGCAUUGACUGGUAUCAACUGGUCAACUUACGUCAAGAUGCUUGCGACAUCUGAUAAUUAUCCCGACAAUGUGGAGGCAUUUCGACUGUUCGAAGAGAAGUUCAUUGCACAUUUCCCUGGUUGGUCGUGGUUUCUCAAGGGAUACGGCGUGAGACCAAUCAAUGCCCCCGUGACACUCCUCCAUCUCGAAGGUCGCUCAGGUAUCACCAAACCCCGCAGGAUGAUGGGAAAAUUAGCCCGAAAGCAUUGGCGCAAAAUCCAACGCGAUUACAUGCACCCUGAUUACCCCACCAUGGUGCAACUAGCCAGCGCGCUGCAACGGCUCCGGCAAACAAGUAUCAUCGAGGGGAAUGAGGACCUGGCGAAUCUCUACGAAAUUGCGCCAAAGACGGUUGAUGCCCUUGCCGCGAUGCCAUACGUGGCUGACAGAUAUCAGGGUACAAUCCUUCGCGGCAAAGAAGCGAAGAGUGAUAUCUCUCCACGCCCGGCCCAUAUGUUCUCCACGCCCUCUGGUGCUCUUGGCCCCUUCCUUGGUCCCCACAGAGCAAAAGAACGCAGCUUUGAUGACGCGAGUCAGGAGCCUCUCGAGUUGGAAGAACAAUACCCCGAGCCUUUCCACAACGGGUCGAGUCUUACUGGCUUGGUCUCCAGUGAACAACUAGGAGACUUGGGUUCUUUGGCGGAGAUCCUCCCUCGCGCAGACCGAAUUGACCUGGAAACCGUGUUUUACGAUCAGUACAAUAUGACAACAGAGUGGAAGGAAAAAGCGGAGCAUUACAAAGAGUUUAUCGCUGAUGAGCUCAAAGGGGGGAAUAUCGCGCGUGCCGACGCCUACAAACGACGUUUGCGCAAGUUACAAGAUACCGAUAUCAAGAGGCCAACUCUCGAGCGGCAACUGUUCGACAAGGAUAAUCGGAAGUACAAAUUCAAUAUUCCAAUCCGGUCUCUCUUCAAGCCAAUUUCUGGUCUCCAGGUGAAGACUGGUCGGACAGAAAAGGAACGAAACCAUGUGCGAAAAAGAUUCAGGGGACCCUGGACGCACAAGGAAGAACCGAGCAACGACUCUUGA